AUGCUGUUCAGAUUGCCAACUUUAGACGUCCAGGGAGUGCUGGGUAAAAAGGCUUCACUUCCUUGUGAUAUACAGCCUCUACACUCGGACGACGCGGUUGUUAUGGUACUAUGGUUCAAGGAGUCGGAUGGAGAACCAUUGUAUAGUUUUGACAUCCGAGGACGUUCCUAUAACCAACCAAAGCUCUGGUCUUCCCCACUGGUGUUCGGAAAUCGAGCCUAUUUCCGCGGGGGAGCAACACCAGCUGUUCUCAUGGUUGACAAUGUAAUUGCGAUGGAUGCUGGAGUGUAUAGAUGCCGAGUAGAUUUUAAAAACUCUCCUACUAGAAACCUUAAAGUUAAUUUCACUGUUAUAAUACCUCCGAGCCGUCCAGCGAUAUACGACGCAAAGAGAAGAGAUAGGACUAAACUCGUGGAGCCCUAUAACGAAGGAUCCAAUGUUUUAUUGAUCUGCGAAGUUGAAGGAGGUCGACCAAGACCGCGAGUUACAUGGUACCUUGAGAACGUGGUGAUCGAUGACUCAUUCGAGCAGCGAGCCGACGGUAUCACAGUCAACACCCUGACAUUCCCCAAUGUAGGAAGGCAACAUCUGAAUGCGAGGCUAGUGUGCCAGGCUUCUAAUACGAAUUUGGCGCCUCCGGAGACCAAAGUUUUAAUAUUAGACAUUAAUUUGAAACCAAUAACAGUAAACAUAUUAAACAAAGAAAAACAAGUGUCCGCCGACAAAAGAUACGAAAUAGAGUGCAAGACGACUGGCUCGCGGCCCGACGCGUCAGUCUCCUGGUGGAAGAACAAUAGACAACUCAAGAGGAUGGCGAAAAAUUUCUCUGAGAACAAUGAGACUCUAAGCGUGCUCAGUUUAGUACCGAGUGUGGAAGACGAUGGGAAGUACUUGACUUGCCGCGCGGAGAACAAACACAUCCCGGACUCAGCUAUUGAAGACAAAUGGAGGCUUAACGUGCACUAUGUACCUAUUGUAGAUUUGAAGAUGGGAUCAAACUUGAAUCCAGACGAAAUAAAAGAAGGUGCUGAUGUAUACUUCGAAUGCACUGUCAAAGCAAACCCAAAGUCACACAGAUUAGUUUGGUAUCACGGUCAUAACGAAAUAUUCCACAAUGACUCUGCGGGUAUAAUUCUGAGCUCCCAAAGCCUAGUACUGCAGAGCGUAACGCGGAGCGCGGCUGGAGACUACACUUGCGUGGCAGCUAAUAGCGAAGGCAAGGGAACAAGCAAUCCUGUAUCUUUAUUGGUGCGAUAUGCACCAGUGUGCGCGGAACGUCGUGAUAGCGAGCUUUUUGGCGCGCUAAAGCAUGAGACGGUCAUGUUGCACUGUAGUGUUGACGCCAAUCCGGCAGUGGUAUCCUUCCAUUGGACUUUCAACAACUCUGGCGAACAGACUGAAUUACCUCCACGGUUAUCCAGCGUUAUAGGACACACGUCUACAUUAAAUUAUACGCCCAGUACUGACAUGGAGUAUGGGACAUUGGCUUGCUACGGCGAAAAUUCUGUAGGCCAACAAAAGGUUCCCUGCGUUUUUCAAUUGGUGGCUGCAGGUCGGCCGUUUCAAGUACAGAACUGCACAGUAGCGAAUCAGAGUUUGGAUUCAUUGUUUGUGGAGUGCGUCGAGAAUUUCGAUGGUGGUCUGCCACAGACAUUCCUUAUGGAGUUGCUUGAGCUGCCUUCGCUAACUGUCCGCUAUAAUGUAUCUACAAAUAAAACUCCACCCAUCUUCGAAAUCCGCAGCCUUCCUCCAGGAGUGAGUUAUAGAAUCGACUUGUACGCGGUCAACGCAAAGGGCAGGAGUGAUGUCACUACCAUAGAACAUGUUAUUUUGAGAGGACAAGCUAAGUAUACAGGUGAAAGUAACUCUUUGGGAAUAUCGCCGGUGUUGGCAUCAAUAGCAGCAAUGUCUGCGCUGCUUGUCACAGCGCUGUGUGGCGUGUUAGCUAUACUAUACCGUCGGCACGCCAGACAUAGACACAUGCCAGCAAAACACGCGCCUUUAAAUGAGGCUAUCUAUAAUGAUCGGGCGGGACAAUGUCCUACUCCCGUAAAGCAAGAGGCUUGCAAUGAAGGAAGCAAUGUGGGAUCGGGAGUUGGUGGAGCAAGUGGAGCGCUACUAAGAGAAGACCUCGGCGACGACGCCGAUCCAGACAUUAUACCAAAUCUAUACGAACGUCGUCCAGUCUCGAAUGGAUAUAUGAGCUUACAGCGCCCCCAGUCCAACAACAAACUAAGCAAGAACGAUGACUUGAGAUCGGAGCCUGACGGCGCGGGCUACUAUGACUUUCGGAAGAAGGACUACAGGAUUCCUUUGACUAGUUCAUACCAUAGUCUAGGACGAGCAAAUAAGGGAGUAACGACAAGCCCCAAUUCCGGAAGCGGCGUCACAUCAUCUUUGACCGCACAUCGCCUGCGACCAGAAGUGGUUACCACCUCACAUCGCGUGCAAGAAAGCUGUAUAUAA